CCACCCAGUGCAAUUAUCCUAAGGUAUAAAGUUCACAUUUCACAUUUCACAUUUGAUAACUCCGCUCGUUACCCUAAACAAAGAGCUAAAAUACUAAUCCAAAAAUCUCUUUUUGAAAGUAAAAAAAAAAAAGAAAGGCAGCCAAGGUUUAUCUGUUCUAUAUCCUCCUCUGCUCUCAUUUGAAUCGCUCAAAUGGCAAUGGCUUCAGCUAUGGCCCUCAAUCCCCUCAAAUUGGCUUCCACUUCUCAGGCAUGUCUGGAGAAGAAGGCUGCAAACGACACCAAGGCUUUGUUAUCGGACCUCUCCCGCCAAUUCUACACCCUUAGAUGCGUCUCCGGCACCGGCAGUAGCAUUGCGAUCAAGGUUCACGACCAUUCCAUUCCCAGGAGACAACAGCUAAUCGCUACGUCGCUUUCUGGUGUUAAGAAGAGAAGAAUGGUACGUGAGGAUACCUACAUGUUAUCUUAUGGUGGGUCAAUCUUAUAUUCACCACCUCCAAAACCAUUUUCACACAAACUCCCGAACUGUUUUGAUUCUAGGCCUCUUUUUAUGAAGAUGCGCAAUGCUGGAGGUGUUAUCCACAGACAUAGUAAGGAAUCCUAUCUUGUAACACUGAGGAACCAUCAUCAGGGUCGGAUUGGGAGCAUCAAAGGAAUCUCAAGCAACAUUUCCGUUAAGGCUGGGGCUCAAGGUUUAGAUAAUAAAAAUGAAUGGUUGCCACGUUGCAUAGUUCUUGAUAUUGAAGGGACUACUACUCCAAUCUCUUUUGUUACCGAUGUCCUCUUUCCAUAUGCUCGUGAUAAUGUUGAAAAGCAUUUGAUUUUAACAUAUGAAACUGGAGAAACUCAAGAUGACAUCAAGUUGUUGCGUUCACAAGUUGAAGAAGACUUGGAAAAAGGAGUUGCUGGAGCUGUGCCUAUUCCUCCUGAUAAUGCUGGGAAAGAGGAAGUCAUUGCAGCAGUGGUUGGUAAUGUUGAAGGAAUGAUAAAAGCUGACCGCAAGAUAACUGCCUUGAAACAAUUGCAGGGUCACAUAUGGAGAACAGGAUUUUCCGUCAAUGAAUUGGAGGGAGUAGUUUUUGACGAUGUGCCUGAGGCUCUUGAGAGAUGGCAUGCUUCGGGCAUUAAGGUGUACAUAUACUCGAGCGGCAGCAGGUUGGCACAAAGGCUCAUAUUUGGAAAGACUAAUUAUGGUGAUCUAAGAAAAUACCUAUCAGGAUUCUUUGACACUGCUGUGGGGAACAAAAGAGAAACAAGCAGUUAUGUUGAGAUCUCAGAAUCUGUUGGAGUUGAUUCACCAUCAGAGAUAUUGUUCAUCACAGAUGUCUGUCAGGAAGCUAAAGCAGCAAAAGCAGCAGGGCUGCAGGUGGCAAUCUCAAUCCGACCAGGAAAUGGUCCAUUGUCUGACAAUCACGGAUUCCAGACAAUCACUUCCUUCUCAGAAAUCUGAAAUGAGAAACUACAUUUUGUAAUUACAUCCAAAGAAUCCUGAAAAUGAUCAAUAACAUCACAGCUUGACAAUUUUACCCUGAGAGACUGUUCCAUUCAGCAAGUUUCCCCUAUUUACUCCCUCUCUCGGCGAUUGUUGUUCAAAGUUUAAACUGAAGAAAUAUUUUUCUGUCUGUACAACAGUGGUUCUACUUAUCUUGCUUGGUCAAACCUAUGUAAUGUAAUAAAACUCGGUUCAAAAUGCCAAUCUUUCACUUUUGAAGUAUUGGAAGUAAAGCAAAUAACAGAUAAUGUAGUCCAUUUAGCAUCAAGUUUCAGUUA